AGAUAUAUAUCUGAGCUUCUUGUAAUUAUCCUUUGCCAUCUUGUAGGUGCUCACUACACACGAACUUCUCAAACCCUCUGCUGUUGUUGUUGUUUUUCUUUGCGGUGGUGGUGUUUGUUCUUGCUCGUUGACGGCAUUCCCAAAGCUCUUCUACACGCACGUCACCGAUACGCCCACACGGUCACCCGCAACUGCAGUGAGACAAACCGGUUCUCUUUCUUUCUUCGUGACUGCUGCACCGAAUAUCACUCGACAAAAAUGCUGGAGGAAGUCUCUGAUGAGCAACGGCGGCGCGAGGAGGCCGAAAUUCUCGCCCGCGAUCGCAAGCGCCAGCAGGAAAAAGAGGAACACGAGCGCCGUCUCGCGGAGGAGAAGGCGGAGGAGGACCGCAAGCAGCAGGAGGCAGCGGCGGCGCGCCUCGAGGAGGAACGGCGGCGCAAGAGGCAGGAGGAAGAGUGGAAGCGACUCGGGUCCGAUGCAAUUCAGGACCUGCCGCCGGUGCCACCGCCGGUUAAGGAGGAGGGGACCCUGGACAUGUGGUACCUCGACGAUGAGACCUCGAAGCCAACGCUCACGAUGGCGAGCCUUAAGCCCGGCAAAAAGGUAGGGGCGCCAGUGCCGACCAUGAAGAUGUUGCGGGAGCUGGGUGUUGUGCUGUUUCGCGUGAGCAUGAACGACUUUUCAAUUGUGAAGCAGAUCCUCAAGGAGCGCGACUACAAACACACCGACGAAAUCAAAGUCUCGCAAACCGCAAAAGACGACAGCUAUCUCGAACGCUGGUUUCAGGAGCACUACAUGGAGGAUGAGCACAUUCGUGUGGUGAUGGACGGGUCGUACUUCGUGGACGUGCGCUCGAAGCAGGAUCAGUGGAUUCGCCUGCACCCGAAAGCUGGGGACCUGAUAGUCCUGCCGGCGGGUAUGUACCACCGCGCUACCUUGGACGAGGACGACUACGUGGCGCUGUUCCGCUGCUUUCAAGAUGCGCCGCGCUUUGUUCCGAUUAAUCGCUCUGACAGUCGUGCGGACUCGAACCGCGUACGGCUGACGUACCUGAUGAACUUGAAGAAGGGCGACGUGGCAACUCAGAAUGGUUUCCUGUAA